AUGGCAGUGUCUGAAGAAGAGUCUCAUGAUAUAUCUAAUAGCACAUCCGAAAGCAUCUGCGAUGAUAAUGAAGAGAUCAUAAUUAAGUACACAAUGUAUGAUAGAUUUUAUAAUAAGAUGCUAUCUCUUAAAGAAGUCUCUCUCUACUAUUAUUCUCUGUUCUUACUAUCAUUAUUACUAUUUAUUGUUAAGUAUGUUAUACUUUACUGUAAUAUAGACACAGCUAUAACACUGUAUAAUAAUAGCACUCAAAUUACCGUAAAUCUAUCGUAUAUUAUUUCCCUGCUGUGCAUAGCAGUGUUAUCUUAUACGAUUAUUGAUGUAUUUCUGUAUUAUGUGACGGGUUAUCUGUUAAAUAGAGAUAUUUUGAUAUUAGUGCUAUUUUACACGAACAAUGUGACAAGUCUUGUCUCUAGCAUAAUAGUAAUUAUAAUGAGCAUUUUGUACAUGAAGAUAAAUGAUCUGGAUUAUAAGCUAAAAAGUACUCACAUAAUUGGGCUGGAGCAGGUCCUGACAACCUGCUGUUUAUCACUGCUUGUCAUCCUGAGCAAGGAUAUUUUUGUGAAGAAAGUCAGAAUGGGUUUCAAUCACAGCAACUACCUCAUAAGAAUACAGAAGUGCUUGUGGGAGCACCAGUUCAUUAGGACACUGGAAGUUGUGAAGAAGCGAAUUAAAGCAUUGAAAAGUGGAAGGAAGAAGUACUGGAUGUUCAAGGACACAAACAACACAACCAGAGCAAGUGAGAGAGGGACAGUCCGGGAGAGGCACUCAAGCACAGCAGAGAGAAAUCCUGCAGGCACUCCUGUCCCCAGCAGCACAGGAAGUGCAUCUCGCAUUGAGAACCCAGGAAAUGCAAAUGAUCCAAGCACUCUUAGUAGAGUAGAUGACACUCAGCCAGAUAGAAAUAAUAAUCUCACUCAGGCAGAUAAUAAUGAAGGCACUGAAGCAAACGACAAUAACGAAGAGUUUGAUGACAUUGCGUACUUUAAGCCAAAGACACUAAAUCCUGCACUGAAUGACCUCUCAGACAUAAAGCAAAAAAUGAUCAUCUUCAAGGAAUUUGAGAAGAUGAUGAACUUAAAGAUAUACCACGUGGAUAGGGGAAUACCUGAUAUAAAGCACGAGUCAACAAAGAAAGCAGAGAAGAUUUGCUACUGGCUCUCAACAGAGAAGAAAAAGUUCCAGAUAAAGCAUCUUAAGAAGUACAUUGACCCAGAGUAUAUAGACCACAUUUCUUCCCUUCUGAAUCUCUCUGAGUCGCAGUCUCUCUCAGAGAAGGAGGUUUCUUCUCUCAUUGAGAAAACAAAAAGAGAAAAAUACGCAGUGAAAAAGAGUUUGGAGCAGAUGGAUAAGGCACUCUUGCGGGUGAGCCAUUUUAUCACAGGAACCAUUUUCCUGUUUGCAAUUAUUGCACUUUUGGCCCCAACUAUCUCUGCAAAUGAUGUGGUGAAGGGGGUCUUUGGAACCUUUUUUGGUCUUGGGUUUAUCUUCCAGACAAGUGUCAAGAAUGCGAUUGACAGUGUGAUAUUUCUGUUUAUAAUACACCCGUACGAUAUUGGGGACAGAAUAAGAAUAGAGAUAGAUAAGGAGGAGAUGAACAUGAUCGUGUCAGAGCUGAAUGUCUUCUCAACAGUGUUCUAUGAGUGGAAUGGGUCAAAGAUAUACAUACCAAAUCACGUGCUGCUGCAGAAGGCAAUAGUGAAUGUGAGAAGAAGUGGGCUGAUGGCAGAGAAUAUAGUCUUCCAAGUGGGCUUUGACACGCUUCCAGAGAAAAUCCAGCACCUAAAGACAGAAAUAACAAAGUUCAUUAAAAAGCACCCGAAAGACUUCUCUCCGUAUUUCAUGUUCAACUACCACGGGAUAGAAGACGCGAAUAAACUGCAUCUGAAGAUCUAUUUGCAGCAUGCAAGUAACUGGCAGAACUAUGAAGGAUACUUGCAGAGAAAGGCAAAGUUCAUUAUGUUCUUAAAGCAAGCAAUCAUAGAGCAGAAGAUAGAGUAUGCACUGCCUGUGCAAAGAUUAGAGAUUGUCAAGUGA